AUGAUGUUCAGAGCCGGAUCGAGGCAGCUGCGCCUGAUCUCCGUCUCCGACGUCAGUCCCAACGCACCCUUCCUCCCCCCCGGCCCAGAAGACGAACCCAACAAAUCCGGCCUUCCCAACGAACUCAUCCGCACAAUCGCAACCACUGUCGCCUCACUGGCAUGUUUAGGCUUAGCAGGGUACGGCUACCACAAAUAUUACAAACACCUCGUUCUAGGAAAGAUCAAGAAUGCGUUUACGCCAGGACCGGAUGAUCCGGCGUUGUUGGCGUACACUGUUGAUAAGGCGACGCUGGAUAAGGAUCAUUUGAUUCAAAGACCGGAGCAUGAUCGGAUACGGAAGGUCAUGACAGGCGAGGAGACCGGGCAUUACUAUCUCAUGAUCGGAGAGAAGGGAGUUGGAAAGACUACUAUGGUGCUGGACGUCAUGCAUGAGGUCCAGGCGAAUGGAAUCAGUGCUAUGGAAGCACACCGAGAUCCGGAGAUCUUCAGGACGAGAUUAGGAAAGGCGCUUGAUUUCGAAUUCGCGGAGGACUUUAUCGGUGGUCUCUUCAGUAUCAAGGGACAGCGAGAAUCCACUGCUCUCCUCGACAUCGAACGCGCCUUCAACAAACUCGAAAAAGUCGCCGUACAACACCGAAAAGUACACAACAAGCCCCUGGUAUUCGUCAUCAACGGCCUCCACUUCCUCCAAGACAACGAUGACGGAAACGCACUGCUAGAGCUCCUCCAACAACGGGCCGAGACCUGGGCCGCGAGCGGAAUCCUCACCAUGAUCUUCAACAGCGACGAUUACUGGGUCUACGAACGCAUGAAACAACACGCAGCCCGUAUGGUUCUCAUCAACGUCACUGACCUCUGCUACACCGACGCUACCUCUGCCCUCCAGAAAUAUCGUCUCCGCUACUUUGGCGAAACCGUCUCCGAACCUGAACUAACCGAAGUCUGGAAACUCGUCGGUGGAAGAUUGCAGUUUCUGAAUCGGGUGGCGAAGGAGGAGGAUAUGCUACAGGCUGCGAAGGACAUAAAUGAGAUGGAGAAGACGUGGUUGUGGAAUCGGUGUAGUAUGAUUGAGGAUCAUGAUGAUGAUGUUAUGGAUCAGCAGAAGUAUGCGUCUGCUGCGUUUACUUUGGCGUUGGCACUCGUCAAGGCAGAGCAAGAAGCGGAAGAUGCAGAAGGACCCAUGCUAGAAACCAGCAAACUCCCAAGUCUCCCCCUCUACCGCGCCCGCCAAGUCAUGACCCGCGCCGACUUCAUCCAAUCCCUCGACUCCGAAAAUAUCUUCCACAUCGACACGAAAUCAAAUGUUCGCGCAGACAGCGUUCCGAUGAUGAACGCUUUUAGGGAGAUUUGUUCGGAGGAGGGAUUUGAGGAGAUGUUGGAGAAUGUGAAGGAUAGGAUUGACGAGAUUGAGAGUUUGCACAGAACGAGGGAGUUGACGUUUAAGGAUUUGCCGGAUGAUCAGGGGAAAGUCAGGGUUUAUGUGGAUAAGGGCGGGGAGAAGAAGAUGUUCUCGUUCUAUUAG